GGAGCUCGGGGGCCAUUUUGUGGAGCGCCGGAGAGCGAACGGUCGUGUGCUGCGCGCCUGCAGUCGCUUCGGAGCCUCGGCACGGACCCGCGGCGGGAGAGGCAGCCUCUUUCUCUCUCUCUCUCCUUGCGCUUGGGCAGCAAGGCGAACCCCAUCCUUGUACUCACUGGAGCUCAGCUUUGAUUUUUAACUUCCCUUCCCUACCCUUCCAGAACACACACAUUCCCAUUCCAAAUUGAUUUUAUAAAGACAUUUUAAACACAAUGAUGCAACUUGGUGUGCACUACAGCAAAUAUACAGUGAGAUUUUUUUGAUCUUCAGCUACACUUUGUGAGGAACCUUAUCAUCGAAGGAAAUGGCUAGCAAUGUUACCAACAAGACAGAUCCUCGAUCCAUGAAUUCCCGUGUAUUCAUUGGGAAUCUCAAUACUCUUGUGGUCAAGAAGUCUGAUGUGGAGGCAAUCUUUUCAAAGUAUGGCAAAAUUGUGGGUUGCUCUGUGCAUAAGGGCUUUGCCUUCGUCCAGUAUGUUAAUGAAAGAAAUGCCCGGGCUGCUGUAGCUGGAGAAGAUGGCAGAAUGAUUGCUGGCCAGGUUUUAGAUAUUAAUCUGGCUGCAGAGCCAAAAGUGAACCGAGGAAAAGCAGGUGUGAAACGAUCUGCAGCGGAGAUGUACGGGUCAGUACCAGAACACCCUUCUCCGUCCCCUCUACUCAGUUCCUCUUUUGAUUUGGACUAUGACUUUCAACGGGAUUAUUAUGACAGGAUGUACAGUUACCCAGCACGUGUUCCCCCUCCUCCUCCUAUUGCUCGAGCUGUGGUGCCUUCUAAACGCCAGCGUGUUUCCGGAAACACCUCUCGAAGGGGCAAAAGUGGAUUUAAUUCAAAGAGUGGACAACGGGGAUCUUCAUCCAAGUCUGGAAAGUUGAAAGGAGAUGACCUUCAGGCUAUUAAGAAGGAGCUGACUCAGAUAAAACAAAAAGUGGAUUCUCUGCUGGAAAGCCUGGAAAAAAUUGAAAAGGAGCAAAGCAAACAAGCAGACUUGUCCUUCUCAUCCCCAGUAGAGAUGAAGAAUGAAAAGUCUGAAGAAGAGCAGAGCAGCGCCUCUGUGAAAAAAGAUGAGACCAAUGUGAAGAUGGAGUCUGAGGCAGGUGCAGAUGACUCUGCAGAGGAGGGUGACCUGCUGGAUGACGAUGACAAUGAGGAUCGGGGGGAUGACCAGCUGGAAUUGAUCAAGGAUGAUGAAAAAGAGGCCGAGGAAGGAGAAGAUGACAGAGACAGCGCCAAUGGGGAGGAUGACUCUUAAGCACAUAGUUGAGUUUAGAAACUUAUCCCGUUGUUCAUUUACCUAGGCGCUUGUGAGAGAUCAGAGUAACACCAGAUCCUCUCCCUAGUAUCUUCAGCACAUUCUCACUGUUCGCCCUCUCCUCGUCCUCCUGUGUUCAUUGGUUCAUACUUGCCCUGCGCCUAGUUCCAUUUUCACUUCCUUUGAUGCUCCUGAGUAGUUUUGUUAAGUCUUACCCUGUAAGUUUGCUUUUAAUUUUGAUACCUCUUUGACUUAACAAUAAAAAAGUAUGGUUUUUAUCAGCUGUCUCCAAAAUAAUCUCUUGUUAUGCAGGGAGGACAGUUCUCAUAUGAUUUCAGUAGUUGCUUCCCUAACUGCAGAAGCAUCUCAUUUACUUGUAACCCUGAGAGCAGCUUUGCAAUAGAGGUGUGUUUUCCCUCACACGAGUGGGGCUGUUCAACACGAAUGUAACCAUGUAUUUUUGUGAAUGAGAGUUGGCAUGUCAAAUGCAUCUUACAGGAAAAUAGUGUAAUAGUCUUAAUAUUUGUUUUCUAAAGUUAAUACCAUGGGUUAUUUUUGUGAACAGCCUGAUGUUUGGGAUCUUUUUCUCAAAAUAAACAAUUCCUUAUUAAACCAGGAA